GCGGUCCAGGGUUCCUGACUCCCCAUUGACAGCAGCAACAGGAAGCUGGUGGGUUCUGCCAGGGCGCUAAGGCCUCCUGUUCUGGGAGGGGAGACCACUGGACAGUGUGUCACCUAACUCCCAUCUCUAGGUCCCGAGUGUGUGCAUGGCGAAGUCCCCGGAGAACUCUACCCUGGAGGAGAUUCUGGGGCAAUACCAACGGAGUCUCCGGGAACGCGCCAAGAGAAGCAUUCACCAGCUGAAAUGCACCCUGGGAGAAGGCGAAGUCAGCGUUGGGGAAGAUGCUCUGGAUCCUUCUUUAAGCGGCAGCGCAGGACACGAGGACACCGGGACUGCCUGGCUCGAGCUACAGCACAGCCAUGCUGUUAAUCAACUCAAAGCUUUGUUGCAUCAACAAGCAGCUAAGGAAAGUGAGGCAUCUCCAUCAAGAAGACGAAAAAUGUCCCCUUUGAGGUCCCCAGAAUAUGAGGACACCAGCGUGCCUACUGUCCACAACCUCGUCCCCAUCAUCCACGAUCAGUCCCAAUACAUCCACCACUUAGAGGCUGAAGUCAAGUUCUGCAAGGAGGAACUCUCUGGAAUGAAAAAGAGGUUACAGGUGGUUGUGCUUGACAACGAACAGCUCCAACAAGAGUUGAAACUGCAGAGACCAGAGGAAGCGAUGAGGGAGCAAACACUUCUGGAUGCAACUGGCAACAUGCAGAAUUCCUGGAUUACAGCAGGUGAGAGUUCUGGGGUGGAGGAAGCUGCCAAGAGAUCGCUGCCCCACGGCAGUGCGGAUGUCGUCAAAGCUCCGAGUGCUGGCGAGGCUGAGAGGUGGAAGCUAGAACUGGAGAAGCUGAAACUUACGUAUGAAGAAAAGUGUGAAAUCCUGGAAUCACAAGUGAGGAUUUUGAGGAAGGACUUAGCUGAGUAUCAGAAAAAUUGCGAAGACCUUAAAGAGCGACUAAAGCACAAAGAGUCUCUCCUUGCGGCUAACGUUGCCAACCGCGUGGGCGGCCUCUGUCUGAAGUGCGCCCAGCACGAAGCCGUUCUUUCCCACACCCAUGGCGACCUCCACGUGCAGGCCAUUGAGAGGCUGACCAAAGAAAGAGACGACUUAAUGUCCGCGCUGGCUUCCGUGAGGAGCAGCUUGACCGAUGUGCAGCAAAGAGAAGCCAGCGCAUACGAGCAGGUGAAACAGGCCGUGCAGAUGACCGAGGAAGCCAACUUUGAGAAAACCAAGGCGUUGAUCCAGACCGAGCAGCUGAAGAGCGAACUGCAGAGGCAGGCAGAGCGACUGGGGAAGGAGCUGGCGGCUCAGCAGGAGAAAAGGGCGUCUGAGAGAGAGGCGAUGAGGACGGAGUUCGCGGCAGAAAGGGAGGACACGAGGGCCAAGAUGUUGACUCUGUCUCAGAAUAUUGCCCAACUCGAGGCCCAGGUGGAAAAGCUCACAAGAGAGAAGGUUUUGGCUGUGAACCAACUAGAGGAAAUUCAAAACCAGCUUGCUUCCCGGGAAAUGGACGCCACAAAGGUGUGUGGGGAAAUGCGCUAUCAACUGAAUAAAACCAAACUGGACAAAGAUGAGGCAGAAAAGGAGCACAGAGAGUACAGAAUAAAAACUGCAAGGGAUCUUGAAAUUAAAGAUCAGGAGAUAGAGAAACUGACAGUGGAACUGAGUGAGAGCAAGCAGCGCUUGGAGCGGGAGCAGCAGAAGGCGGCGGGGGCCAGCGAGGAGCUCCUGAAACUGACAGAGCGGCUGGGCGACGCUGAGCACCAACUGCACCUCACCAGACUGGAAAAAGAGAGCAUUCAGCAGAGCCUCAGCAACGAAGCAAAGGCCCAAGCCCUUCAGGCCCGGCAAAGGGAGCGGGAGCUGACACAGAAGAUACAGCAAAUGGAGGCCCAGCAUGACAAAACUGAAAAUGAACAGUAUUCACUGCUGACCUCCCAGAAUACAUUUUUGACAAAGUUAAAGGAAGAGUGCUGUACACUAGCCAAGAAACUGGAACAAAUCUCCAAAAAAAGCAGGUCUGAGAUAGCUCAGCUCAGUCAAGAAAAGAGGUACGCACGUGACAAGCUGAAGCGGCUCCAGAGGAGGAAUGGUGAACUGGAGGAGCAGUGCGUGCAGCACGGGCGGCUGCAUGAGAUGAUGAAGCAAAGGCUCCGGCAGCUGGACAAGCACGGCCAGGCGACCGCCCAGCAGCUGGUGCAGCUACUCCAGAGGCAGACCCAGCUCCUGCUGGAGAGGCAGACCCUGUCGGAGGAGGUGGAGCAACUGAGAUCCCAGUUACCCAGCAUGCCACAAUCUGAUUGCUGACCUGGAUGAAACAGUGAAAUAAAUGACUUACAAAGAGUUAUUUACAUUCAUCUGGUUUGUACGUAAUGUG